AUGGAGGACGAGGAAGCUCACAGAAACGACGUCACCGUCACUCGGCGGAGCCUGCCGCCUCCGGCAUCGGGAUCGCGCCACAAAAGGAAAGCUUCCAGGACGUAUCCCAUGGGCGUUGCCCUCUUCAUGACCCGCUGCUCUGGCAAGGGCCAGCCGCCCCUCGAGAAAACCAGCGGGAGGAGCCUCUGGAAGUCCCUGCUUGCCACCGUGAGGCCGCUGCACCACCACCACAGCCAGCCCCAUGAGCACAGACGGCCGUCUUCCCCGCCGGUGCCCGGGGACGACUUCCACGACGUCCUCACCACGCCGUCCUCCUCGGAGGCUUCCUGUAGCGGCAGCAACAGCAGGUACGCGUCGGCGGAAGACCUCCCGGCGCUCAACGACGGCGACGAGGCCGACGGCCCCCAUGCGAUCGACGUCAGGGCGGAGGAGUUCAUCGCCAAGUUCUACGAGCAGAUGAGGCUGCAGCGAUUGGGAUCAGUCGGCUGCAAGAUAAUGCCGGAGAGUGCAUGUUGA